GUGUCCUACCAGGCGUACGCGGACCACUACAGUGAUCAGUGGCAGCCCCGUGUGGUAUUCACCAUCACCACGCUGAGUGUACUGGUACUUGGCCUGUGCCUGGGCGCGCUCAUCGUCGCGACGGCAGUUGGCAACGCGUUCGUGUGCCUCUCCGUCUGCCUCGUGCGCCGCCUACGGCACCCGUCCAACCACCUGCUCGUCUCGCUGGCCGCCUCGGACCUGUGUGUUGCCCUGCUGGUCAUGCCGCCCGCGCUGCACCUCGAGAUCACCGGGCACCGCUGGGACCUGGGCCCGGCGGCGUGCGACGCGUGGGUGUCCGUGGAUGUGGCGUCCUGCACUGCGUCGAUCCUCAACCUGUGCAUGAUCUCCAUCGACCGGUACCUGGCGAUCACGCGGCCCCUCACCUACGGCGUGCGCCGCACGGCCCGCAGAGCCUGGGCCUGCAUCGGAGCCGUCUGGUUGCUGGCGGGUCUCAUCAGUGUGCCACCGUUGCUAGUCCUGGGAAAUGAGCAUGGAACGGCCGAGGACCCUAAAUGCCUCGUAUGUCAGAACCUCGCUUACCAGUUGUACGCGACCCUUGGGGCGUUUUAUAUCCCGCUGGUCGUUAUGCUGUCAAUGUACUGGAGGAUCCACACGGCCGCUAAGAAGGUUGUCGAGGCAGAACACAGAGCUCGGCCGGGACCUCGUACGAGGAGCCUCAGAGUGGCGGUGCGAGAGCGCAAGGCUUCCAUUACGCUGGGAAUCAUCCUGACAGCCUUCACGGCGUGUUGGCUGCCUUUCUUUGCCUUUGCUUUGGUGAGACCGCUUGGAGUAGAGCCGCUGCCGGAUCUGGCUCACAGCCUCGCCCUUUGGCUGGGCUACGCCAACUCGGCGCUGAACCCUGCAAUAUACGUCACCUUCCACCACGACUUUCGUCGCGCCUUCCGUGACUUGCUCUGCCUGCGCUGUGGCAGGCGUGGCCCGGAGAAGCAGAGGGUGCUGGGAAGAAGCGUGAACGAAGCGACGGGAGCUCUGCUGUGCGUCGGAAACAACAACCACGCGUCGUGGGCCUGACGUUGGCGGGAGUCGCCUGGAAGACUCGGUGCCUCCAGCGUCGACGGGCGUCGCAGUCAUUGUGGGCAGAAGAAAAGAAAUAAGAGCCACAAAGAGUCGCGAACGACGGAAUUCUCUUGUGAUUCUUUGUGUCGUGACGCCACUCACGUGUAAGUCAACACUGUGAAAAGAACUACUAACCCAAACCUUUCACAAGAUGGUUGUCGGAUUACGUGCAUUUUGGGCGCAGUUCGCGUGACCGUUGUUUUCAGACAACUCCUUUCAAUAUGACACGUGUCUGUGAUGAACAUUUUGUACAUUUCUGACAAUUUACAUAACAAUAACACAUAUUUAUUUGCUAAAACUUUGUGAACGUAAGUCGUCCCUUUCAACACUUUCACCGCCGUCUGAAGGCUAACUUGAACGGUCAUAAUAAAAUGAAUUAAAGUAAUUUACGCAUCGCUGUAUUUCAUGCCACAUGUAGGGCCUGUAAUAUGUUAUUUUGAAGCGGAUGUCCACAACUUGGCAGUAAAAUUGUCUGAAAGAAACAAUCAUAUGUAGCGCCUUGAACCAUGCAGCGAUGAAGGCAAAUAUGUUUCCGAGAGUUUUUGUCUGACGCUGACUGGAGCACCCAAUGGAGUAUACUAAGCACUGCACAAUACGACGCAUUCCUAUUGGACGCAUAUAUUUAUCAAGAAUAAAAUGC